AUCGACAUCGAGCGAGCGAUCCGUACUACUCCUGACGGCCGUGCAACCGAAUUGGCGUCCCAUAACAUUCGUACCAUUAAAAAUAAAAUGACCAUGUCGGUGAGAAAAAUUUAUUAAUGACUCAAUUAAGCUGGCGAUGGGAAAAGUGACGAAAAAUAAAAUGGUAGUGAAACAUUGUCCAGAUUGUGAGAAACCGGUUCCAGUAGCAUGUAAAGAAUGUAGAUGUGGCCAUUCAUUCUUCAAUAAGAAGCUUCUACAAUCCCAUCCUGGAGGUAGUGAUGUAGCAUCAGUAGCAGGGGAAACAGGAGAAGAAGAUAGCAACGGAGUGAAAAGAAGGCGCACAGAGAGAGUAAGAAGAGAGAGACCAGACUAUUAUAGCGCCAGUGAAUUUGAAAAUCAUCUCAGAAGGAUAUCAACUUCAAAAUCAGGAGAAAAGGGGGACGACAAAUCAUCAAAGAAGAAGAAACAUAGAAGAGGUCGACCGAAAGGAUCACAAAAUAAGUCAGUCGAGGAGAUUGAGGAAGAACGAGAGCGUGAUUUAUAUUCCAACUUACCCACCGAUAAGGCCUUUGUGUAUGCUGUGGUGCUAGCUGAAAUCAAUGAAAAGAUACAGAUGCAAAGCCAAGGGUGGAAACCCCAAACUGAUCGACAUCAUAAGAAAAAAUCAAAGAAACCCUGAUCCGGAGCAUAGUGAGAACGCAACGGAUGAAAAACAUUCCUAUCAUUGUGUGCCAUUCAGGACCAGGAUAAUUUUUGUAUCAUUGUAAGCUGGAUAUGGAGAUGUGCAUUUUUUCUGUGUGAAAGGGACUGCAGAGACUUCCAAGCCGCAGUCAUCUUCAAGUGAAUUCAACGCAUUUUACUUAACAGGAAAGAUGAUGCACUGUGUUUAUGUGAUGUUAUCGCUGCUCACGAUGGAUAGUGCUAUAAAUCACCGGUGGUGAUUAGCAACAUGUCAUUCACACGUAAUCACUACUUUGAUACAUGUAGGUAAGACAAUCGACGCUCCUCAUCAACAAAGUUCUGAGCCCGGAUGCUCCUCAAUGUAUAUCCAUGGUUGUCCAUAUAUGCUACGUCACAAUGCAAAUAACGUGCUUUGCAUUGUCAGGCAUUGCAUGCGUUUAAAAGCUCUGCCCAGUUUUAGUGAUCAGUAACAUAAUUCAGACAUGAUUGCCACUUGUUAUCCAUAGCACAAACAUGUUCUUGUGUGAUAAUUGAUCACAAGUGCCAAUCAAUUACCACUGUCGAUAAAGUAGCAUUUAGUUGUGAAAGGACAGUGAUUUUUCCGUUUUAGUUCUUUACUUUUCUGUUAAAAUUUGUUGAAUUCACCUUUGCAAAAUGGAAUUCUGCUGUGUACAUUUUCUGUGUCAAAACAGAAUUUGCAUUCUAGAUCAAGUUUGAAAGGGAAUAACAGGUUUUUGUAAAUGGAAAAAGCCAAUUCUUUAAACUGAAUAUCACUUUCCCCAGUUGUGCAGUCUAUCACCAUUGCUGGCUGAUGGUACUAUCCAUUGCGAGUGGUGAUAAUGGCUGAAAGGGAGGUUUUGUCGUUAUUCCUGUUGGAUUCAGGAGCCUAGCUAUUCUUUUAUUAUGCCUACAUGAAUUAAAUAAAUAAUUCAGUAGUCAAUAGGUAAAGCUGGUUUGCUUAAUAUUAUAAGAGUAAAUAUGAAGUUGCAAUAUUGUAGAUACCUCAGCUUCUUUCUGGUCAAAGUAAUCCCUGUACCAUUUCUUACUUAUGCAAUGUCAAGUAUGAAAGGCCUGAUCUCAGAAUGAACACCAGAAAGGGGAUGUAAAGAGUUUGAUUAGGAAAGCUAAGCUAUCGUUUAGAAUUUAUGACAAAACAGACAUUGUAAUAUUAAUAAUAAUAAUAGCUGUAUUUAUAAAGCGCCUUUUGCCUGAGGAUACAAAGCGCUGCUAUUAUUACCCCGGCUGUAGCUCGAGCUACCAUCACCGGCGCUCAGUGCAUGCAAGGAAUUAAUCCUGCCGGGUACCCAUUCGCCUCACCUGGGUCGAGUGCAACACAGUGGGGAUAAAUUUCUUGCUGAAGGAAAACACGCCAUGGUUAGGAUUCGAACCCACGACCCUCUGUUUGAAAGGCGAGAGUCAGAACCACUAGACCACGACGCGCCCGCCCAGUGGUCGCCCAGUUGUAAGUAAUAUUCUAACUUUUAUGCAGUCUAAGCAUCUUUUCAUGUUGCUGCAAUCAAUGUAGUUUGGAUGCGAACUGGAAACAGUGCAUUAAAUAGGAAACUUUGAUAUAGCAGGCAAGGUGCGCGAUUCAAAAUCGGGAGUUCAGCAUCCCUCGGGCGCCCGCGUCCAACUACUCACUGGUUUGAGAAAGUUCUCAUAAUUUGCUUUCACACUGCCAAAAUACCCACGACCUUAGAAAAAUCCCUGAGAAGGUUCUCAUACUUUUGACAAGUAGCUACUACUUACUAUAGCUGGUAUUUUUUUUUUUUUUGGGGGGGGGGGAAUAUUACAAGUAUUUUGGGUUCACAUUAGCGUAGAUCAUGGCAAAUUUCUUGAUCAAAUGAUACCUGGCAUUCUCAAACUUUUAGGUGGUCUGACUCUGACUAUGCCUCGUAUCCAUGGGUGUUGAAUACAAAUAUAACGUUGUAGUGAAAAUAAACCUUUUAUGGCAUUUUGAAGUUGGCAUUAUUUCAAGAUAAAUUGUUAGGCAUGAGAAAACUCGUCAGAAAGAAAACUAAGCAGUAUGAUGAGAAUGCUUGGAGCUACAACCUGUAAGGACAUUUCAAUGUGAUGAUUAAUGUGACCAUCCAGCUCAAACCCACAAUAAAUUUAUGAAAAUUCAUUGGGGUUUUAAAACCCAACUCUUUAGGUUUAAAAUUAUUUAGAACUUGACAAAAUUGAACAACUAAAACCCAUGUAAGUUGAUUGGAGGCUGAAGAAUAUCCGUAGAACAAGAACAAACUGUGUUUGGAGUUUGGAGUUCACUCAAUUUGUGAAAGGCACAUACUUUGCAAGAUCUGUUGAAAUUAAAAAAAAAUAUAUAUAUCUUGUCUUGUGUUUGAUUAGGUUCACUUCUUCAUUUUUGACAGGAGAUCCAAAAGAAGGGAAAGGUUUAGCCAUUUGAAUUUUUAGUUUGAAGCCCAGAUUAUGAUUUUUUGUUAUUUUGGGCUGGAUGAUGACAUACAUGUAUGCAUAUAUGGUGCAGAGCAUAUUUUUGCACUUAUGCAUUUUAGUCUACUAUCAACUUCUCCAAUAUUAUGCAUGCGACUUCUCGACCAAAUCAACCACUUAAAUUUGCAAUGUUGUCCUUAUCAUCUCAGCGUAUUGUAUUAUUAUUAUAAUAUUAUUUUCAUAAGUUCAUAUUUUUUUCAUGUUAUACAAAAUAGGUAUUGACCAGCAGGGUACUUUUUGAACUGGACAUUGGACCAACUGUUGUAAAAACCAAACAGACAUUUUUUUAUGGACCAAAUGGAGAGUAGACAUAUCAAUGAUUAUCAUGUAAUGUAGAAAAAGACCAUGGUAGGAUAAGAUAAAAUUUUUGCUAUCUUAAAACCAUUUAUAUGUAUAUCAAUUGAUGAUUACAGAAAAUAGGUGUAAGUUAUUUGGUUAUUGGACCACAUGGCUUUUGAAUAAGAUGGAUUUCAAUCAAGUAGGAAAUUGUUAGGAGCCAAUAUUAUGUCUCCAUUCUGUUAUUGCACCAAUAUGUUGAAAUGUAAGAUAUGUCUCCCAAACCUCAACCUGUAAAUCACAUCACAUAAAAAGGGCAUUAAGUCAAGGAUCUUAAUAUAUUUUCAUUAAUGCAAUGUGAUCAUGUAAGAUAUCAGCAAUUUUUAAAAUCAGUAUGGGUACAGGUAGGCAGUGAUGUGGUUCAAUACCAUUUAAUGUUUUUGAACUAGUGGAGUUUGGUAUUUUAUUUUAAUGUUAGAUUAUCAGCAGCAAAAUAACGCCUACAGCACGAUAUAUCGCUGCGUCUGAAAAUUCAUUUAUAUACGUUCAUUAUGAGCUGCAAUUCUGUGAGAGCAGGGAAGGGGGCAAUGAAGAAAUGCCUUCGUCUGUGCUUUCUCAAAAAAAGCAAGCAUUUGGGUACCAACUUACGAAGUUCUGAGUUGGUUUAAAGCAAUAUAGAGCAGCAUUUUUGGCCAAUUAAAAAAUAUCAACGUCAUAAUCUACAAUAUUUUGGUUGUGUUACCGCAAUAUAUCAACAUAAUCAUAAAACCAUUAUUGAAUAUUCAAUAUUGCAUAAUUUCAAUAAUAACAGAAUAUCACCCAGCACUCUUUUGAACCUAGAAGUCAUUUUAGCCCAAUUUUGAAACUUUGAGACCACUGAAAUAAGUUUAAUAGUGCAAAAGAUGUUGAUCAUUGUGGUAGUAGAAAGAGCUGAAAGUUAAACUGUUGUUUAAUACACGUGUGACAACAGAUUAAAAUCUCAGCUAGAAAUAAGCUUACUUAAAAAUCUUUCCUACUCAUUCCGCGCUAUACAUGAUAUGUGUUACAAUUUUCAGCAUUACCUCUAAUCUUGGCUCAUGUACACUUUAAUACUGACACAAUGAUAUGAUUACUUUUUGAGGUGAAAGGUCAUUGUAUACCUGAAAUACCUUUCUGAAACACCAUUUGAGGGAUCAAUGUCAUACUUUUUGGUGUAUGUGAGUGAGGAUGAUCUGAGUCCCGUAACACAAAGGUUAGCGAUUAAUCGUACGCUUGAUUUUUCUGAUUGAUUGUACAUUGUAGUCAGUGGAAUCAAUCGCAGAAAAAUGUGUCUACGAUCAUUGCUAAGCUUUGUGUUAUGGGUCCCUGAUCAUAGUUAAGGUCACAAGUUAAGUCAUUUAGUUCCAUCUAUCACAUCGUUCCGUGCAAGCCUUGCGGGUGAGUUGCGAAUGAUCGCCUGCAACUCAUCCACAACAAAGUUUUGAACUUGUUAAAAACUAUGUAAAUCAGACUUGCGUGCACAUCUGCGGUCAACUGCGUGUGAGAUACUGUCACUGCAGGCGACCUGCGGUUAGCAAAAAUAGUCACCGGCAAGUCACAUGUGAGGCUUGCAUGGAACGAUGUGACAAGGCCUUAACAUACAUAAGCAAAUGCCUAUUGAAGGGAUUAACUUCAAAAUUUGCGCAUUUGACGAAAGAUGAUCUGAUCAAAUGUCAAAGAUCAUUAUUUUUAGUUAGGUAAUGUCUGAUAUGAAACUGAUGGGGGCAUAAUCUUUUAGUGCAGUCGAGAAUCCAUCUACUUUAGGUAUGCAUUUUGUAACACGAUAAAUAAUUUGAAAUACAUUGACUGUAUGUCUGUAGUAAACCUGAUUGUUUUGUUUAUGAGAUAUACUGAAGUUCAUAUUGAAUGUUAUUAUGUACAGAGAUAUAUGUAUUACAUGUCAUUUUAAUUACUUUAUUAAAAAAAAUGUCUAUUGAAAUGUUAACCAUUAUUAAAGAGAAGAAAAUCUCCUCA